AUGUCAGAUAACAUGCUUUCUCUGUACAAAGAAGGUGCCAAUAAAAUCGAACCAGAGACAGAACUGACUCGUUGGCGACUGAGCACAGUAGAAGGACGACAGAAAUGGUAUUAUGUGCCUGAAAAUGAGGAAUGUGCCAGGGAACAGAACGCACUUGAAGCAUAUACUUUAGGGCUAAACACAAGUAAAUUUUUUCCAGAGUUACCCAAAGCCAGCACAGCUCAGGAAGCAGUGCUGAAAGCAAUUAAGUUUUUUUCGGGUGUACAAGCUGAAGAUGGCCAUUGGCCUGCUGAAUGUUCUGGGGUGCUCACCCUUGCUCCAGGUCUUUUGAUUGCCUGCUAUGUUGCUAAGGUUUCCCUGCCAGAAGAGGUAAAGAAAGAAAUACACCGAUAUAUACGUUCAAGACAGCUUCCAGAAGGUGGCUGGGGUCUCCAUCUCAGGGAGCAACAACCAACCAUUUUUGGCACAGCCCUCAACUAUAUAGCUAUGCGAAUCCUUGGAUAUGGACCGGACCAUCCAGAUAUAGUGAGGGCUCGAAUCUCUCUCCAUAAAAAAGGUGGUGCUCUUGUUACUUGCAUACAUUUGGGGAAAGUCUGGCUGGCUAUUGUGAACGUGUACAGCUGGGAGGGAAUGAAUGCACCGUUUCCUGAGUUGUGGCUGUUACCUACCUGGGUGCCAGGCCAUCCUUCCACUUAUUGGUGCCAUGCCCGGCAUAUUUUGCUUGCAAUGACCUACUGCCAACUCAACCGCCUGAGUGCAGAAGAAGACGAACUGAUCCGGAGUCUUAGGCAGGAACUUUAUGUGGAGGAUUACUCGAGCAUUGAUUGGCCAGCUCAAAAAAAUUAUAUUUAUGAGGCUGAUUUACAGACACCACAUACAUUGGUCCUGGAUGUGUUUUUUGCCCUCUUCAAUUUGUACGACAGAUACCACCUUACAAGUCUCAGAAAGAAAGCCACGGCUGAGCUCUAUGAACAAAUCAAGGCAGAUGAUAUAUUCUCAAACUCUACUAAUUCUAGCCCGGCUGGUAUCCAAAAUAACCCGGAGUAUAAUACCUGCCUGAAAAAAGCUCAUUCAUUUUUUAAAUGUUCUCAGAUUGUGGAUAAUCCACCCAACUACCAGAGAUACUACCGUCAAAUGAACAAGGGAGGAUUCCCAUUCAGCAAUCGGGACAACAACUGGAUAGUUAGUGACGGCACUGCUGAAGCAAUAAGAGCAUUGAUGUUACUUGAAGAACAAUGUCCUUUCAUAGAAGAUCACAUAGCUCCACAACGUAUCUUUGAUGCUGUCAAUGUGAUCCUGAACAUGAGAAAUUCCGAUGGAGGUUUUUCUUCUUAUGAAACCAGACGUGGAAGCUGGCUGUUAGAGGCCGUAAACUGCGCAGAGACCUACGGUAAGAAGAAAUUAUCAGGUGUUAUCUGCAAAAUUCAGAUUGGAGAUCCUGAUUGGAAUGUAGCAUGGAUACAGGCUCAGGAAAUGACUUCCUACAACUACUUGCACAUGCUUGCUUUGAAGAUGUUCCAGAAAUUAUAUGAUACACUCCAUAAGGCUCUGCAAUAUUGUCGUAAUACACAGAAAGCAGGUGGAUCCUGGUUAGGGAGAUGGGGUGUGUGUUUCAUAUAUGGCACCUGGUUUGCGUUGGAAGCAUUUGCAUGUUUGGGAUACACUUACCAUAAUGGACUGGCAUGCAACGAGGUGACCAAGGCCUGUGCCUGGCUGGUCUCCAAACAAAUGAAAGAUGGAGGUUGGGGAGAAGAAUUUGAAUCCUACAAGUUAAGCAAAUAUAUUCAGCAUACCAUUUCCCAGAUCCACCAGACUGCAUGGGCUCUGUUGGGAUUGAUGGCUGCUAAGUAUCCCGAUGUUCAUGUUCUAGAAAGGGGGAUCCAAGUUUUGAUUGACAAGCAGCAAGCCAUUGGGGACUGGCCUCAGGGUGACAUUGCUAUUGGAUUCUACAAAGCUGGCACCCUCCAUUAUUCAGCCUACCGCAACAUCUUCCCUAUUUAUGCAUUGGCUCGUUUUACCCAUCUUUAUCCUGAUAAUCCUCUUGCUAGCCAACAUCUGAAGAAUGGACCAAUAAAUAAUUUCAAGGAGGGCCAGACAAAGAAGCACUGAAGAAGAUGUAUCAACAUUCCAGGAAAAGUCAGCUUUGCUGUUUACACCAUCAUAAGAUGUUUAUCUUAACAAUUUUGCUGAAGUAUCAACUAACUGGCUUUUUAAAAAAAUACUGGAUUAGUAGACUGAAAUACUGUAUUCACAUUUUGCAUUUCUAUUAUUUUUUUGUAAGCAUCAUUUUCUCAUUGCCUUCAUGUCAAGUAAUAAGGAGAGAGGCAAGGGAGCCUGCCAUUUUGUGCAAGCAGCAGUACAAAAUACUUGUGUAGAAGUGAGUUUUGGCUGAUGCCCAAACCAGUUAACCUAGCUGUCUCUGAAAAUUUGCUCCUCCUGAUUGCCACCCCACAUGAGGAAGAAGAUUGGGGGAGGUUUUCUGCUAGUGGUUUUGGGGAUGGAGGAGACAAGAGAGUAAGAAUGUUGAGUACUAUAUUCAUAUGUGUUCUUGAUGUGGCAUAAAUAAGGAUAACAUAAUUUUAUAAUAUCCUGUUUGUAUCAAAGUAGAUACUGCCAAUGACAAGAGUAAAUUUCAUGGUAAUAGUUUCAUGCCAGCUCAAAAACCAUUAGGUAAAACAUUGACUUGGCCAUGAAAAAUUGUCAGAAGAUGCUGGCAGCUGGUAGAGAACAGGGAAUUUGAGAGAAUCAGAGAGGCAAUUGAGAGACUAUGAAAGCUGAAGUCUAAAACAAGUGACAGAUAUCAAAUUUAGGGAAGCUGGACUCAAGAUAUAUAAGGCAUAUACAGUAUGUUCUUAUAUUGUAAUACAAUUUGGGUCCUACUCAAUGUCUUCUGGAGAUCUUCUAGAACCCAACAUAUAUUUGCCAUAAUUCUAUUUUGUACAUAAGAUAAAGAUAUAUGAGAUAUAAGACAUAAGAUAAAAUAUAAAUGCAGUAGUAUAAUAAGUAAAAUUGACAAAGAAUUAAGCAGGUGUGCAUGCAUGUACUACACAUUCUCUUUGUCACAAACCCACACAAAUAGUUAGCACUUCUUUGAUUCCAACUGAAAAUGGUUUUUUGAAUUAAGUAGGACUUUUAGAAAUUAUACUGUAUGAAUUACUGUUGGAUAU